AUGAUGAUAGUUUCCGACAGUUUUAAAGAACUUUUAAAAGAGAUUACCCAAGUUUAUAACGGCGUUUAUCAUGAUUAUGCCGAGUAUACUCUAAAAUUUAUAGAAAAUGACGAAGGCCAAUAUGCCAAAAUUGCUGUGGGGUAUAUGGAGGAACUCGGUAAAGUAGAUUUAAUUUACCUUGACUCAAAACAGGAAGAGUUCAAGAAACAAUUGAAAGAUUUUCAGGAAACCAAUAAAGAUUACUUGGAACUCCAAAUUCGUGCAAGUAAAGAAAUAAACAAAAUCAAUGAUAUAAUUUUCCCCGACACUCGAUAUGACCACCUUGGCACUCCAUAUAACUUUCUCACGCUUCUAACUGAAAUAAGACGAUUGAAAGUCCAAGACUUGACUAUUCAAAUUCCUUCGAAAAAUGAAGAAUUGGAUGGAUUAAUUAAUUCUGCCAAACAAAAACUUUCCAGAGCAGAAAUAUAUACCUUGGAAAAAUUGAUUAAAAAGAAUUAUAAGAUUUGUCAUAAUAAUGAUAAUUCAGACUUAAAGAAGCUAGAUGAACUGAAAGAGAUUUUAAGCGAAAAAUUAACAGAAGAGGAGUUGAAAACACUUUUAGACAAACAAAAAGAAGUCGCAGAUCUAGAAGAAUGUUUGGAAAAUUUAACUCAAGUUCAACAUACCGAACUGGCUUACAAUACAUCUGAUUCUUUAUAA